AUGCGCGAAGUCGCGAAGAAGCUCAAUCCUGCGCUGACGUUGGAGAAUUCGGGCAGCGUCGCCCGAGACCACCUCGCCUCUGAACGCACUUUUCUCGCGUACGUGCGGACGAGUCUCACUAUAGCCUCCAUGGGAGUCGCGCUGGUGCAGCUCUUCACAAUCGCCGGAGACAAGAACCAACAGCUGACAAGAUACUCGCGGCCGCUUGGAGCGACCAUCAUCAUCGUUGGCUUGUGCACGCUCUUCCUGGGCGUGUCGCGGUACUUCACGGUGCAGUAUGCACUCGUGGUGGGGAAGUUCCCAGUUGCGCGGGUCAGUACGGUCUUGGUCGCCGUCGCGUUAUGUGCUAUCAUCACAGCCAUCUUCGGCAUCUUGCUGGCAGAAAGGAGUUGA